GGUUGGGGGAGCGAAGGUCCUUGCCCCCCAAGCCGGGCUAAGUCGGGGGGCACCUGGAGGAUCAGGGCACUGCUGCGAGAAGGCCCUCCCCAGGCUGAAUUUGGGGGUGCGGAUGGGUGUUCGGGGCACCACUGAGAGAAGGGGGCCCGACUGAGCCAGGCGGGCAUCUGGAGGAGCAAAAGAGGGGUGCGUGCGCCCCGAGAGAGGCCGGCAUGGAAGGGGGCCGCCUGUCCAGCCUGCAGGUCUUCGCGGUCUCCUCCUCCCUGCACGGCGUGAGCCACAUCUUCGCCUACGGCUCGCUCUCCCUGCGCCGCGGCCUCUGGGCCCUCUUCGUCCUGGGCUCGCUGGCCCUGCUGGCGCUGGUGUGCGCCGAGCGCGUCGGCUACUUCUUCCGGUACCCGCACGUCACCAAGCUGGACGAGGUGGCCGUCGCCAACCUCACCUUCCCGGCCGUCACCCUCUGCAACCUGAACGGCUUCCGCUUCUCCAAACUGAGCCGCAACGACCUCUACCACGCCGGGGCUCUGCUGGCCCUGCUGGACGCCCGCCACGAGGUCAGCGGCACCCACUUGGCUGACCCGGAGACCCUGGCCGCUCUGCGGGACAAGGCCAACUUCCGGGGCUUCAAGGCGGGCCCCUUCGACAUGGCCGAGUUCUACGACCGGACGGGCCACGACCUGGCCGAGAUGCUCUGGCACUGCAGCUUUCGGGGGAUCGACUGCAGCGCCCGCAACUUCUCAGUGAGCUACACCCGCCUGGGCAAGUGUUACACCUUCAACUCGGGCGCCGCCGGCUACGAGCUGCUGACCACGGUCAAGGGCGGGACGGGCAACGGCCUGGAGCUGAUGCUGAACAUCCAACAGGACGAGUACCUGCCCGUCUGGGGGGACACCGACGAGACCUCCUACGAGGCCGGCGUGAAGGUGCAGAUCCACAGCCAGAGCGAGCCCCCGUCCAUCGACCAGCUGGGCUUCGGAGUGGCCCCCGGAUUCCAGACCUUCGUCUCUUGCCAGGAGCAGAGGCUCUUCUACCUGCCGGCCCCCUGGGGGGACUGCCAGGCCACCCCCGCCGUGUCGGCGUUCUUCCCCAACUACAGCGCAGCCGCCUGCCGCCUCGACUGUGAGACGCGCUACCUGGCCGAGAACUGCAACUGCCGCAUGGUGCAUAUGCCAGGCAACGCCAACGUCUGCAGCCCGGAGCAGUACAAGGAAUGUGCGGACCCCGCCCUGGAGUUCUUGGUGGAGAAGGACAACAACUUCUGCUCCUGCCUGAUGCCCUGUGAGGCGGUGCGCUACAACAAGGAGCUCUCCGUGGUCAAGAUCCCCAGCAAGGCCUCCGCCAAGUAUCUCGCCCGGAAGUACAAUCGGAGCGAGCAGUACAUUGCGGAGAACCUGCUGGUGCUGGACAUCUUCUUUGAAGCCCUGAACUACGAGACCAUCGAGCAGAAGAAGGCCUACGAGGUGGCCGGCCUGCUGGGGGACAUUGGGGGCCAAAUGGGCCUGUUCAUUGGGGCCAGCCUGCUCACCCUUCUGGAGAUCUUUGACUACCUGUAUGAGGUGCUGCGCGACAAGCUCUCCAGUUACUACCAGGGCCGGAAGGAGGCCCAGCACAGCAACAGCGACAACCUGGAGUACGUGGACCUCCCCCGUGGUCAGCUGCCCCCUCCGCCCAGAGCGCCUGCCAUCCGCUGCGCGGCCACUCGGACAGCAUCGUGGUCAGCUACCCCACGGGUGGGCUACCUCGUCACACCACUCUAACCGGCUCCGAGGAGUUUGCCUGCUGAAGACCCCCGAACACCCGAGGACAGACCCCUAGCCGGCUCCGGGACAGCCGCCUGCAGGAAGGAGGGGCUGCGGGGAAGACACCCCUGGCAUCGUCGCAGGUGGAAGCCCACCUGGCACUCGCGGGGAGACGGCUGGACUCCGGGGUUCCUCGGUGGCCCCGGAUGCCUCCUCCCCGCUAUCUGACUGCUGUGUUUGUCUGUCAUUAAAGAGUCUCCUUGGGAA